ACAUUAGAAGGCCAUACUGAUCAGGUUAUCAGCCUAGCUGUAUCUAGUAAUGGCAUUUUUCUUGCUACUGGUUCAGUUGAUAAAAAUAUUCGCAUAUGGGAUUUAAAUAGUGGUAGUUUAGUUCAUGUUCUAAUUGGCCAUUCAGAACCUAUCCAUCGUGUACAUAUUUCACCGGAUAAUCGUAUGGUUAUCGGCUAUUCCUAUAUAGGUGAAUUUAUGAAAGUUAAAUCUAUCGUUGUAUGGAAUUUAGAAUCAGGUAAACGCUUAUAUAAUUUAAAAGGGCAUACUGGCGGCCAUUGCCCAUUAGUAUUAACUCAUGAUAGAACGAAAGUGGCUAAAGUUUGGGAUAUGAUCAGUGGUGAUUUGGUAGCUACGUUAACUGGUCACACUAAUCGUAUUACAACCAGUCUUGUACUGGGCGAUUUAGGGGAACCUUUACUAGUGACAGCAUCAGAAGAUCAUACUGCUAAAAUUUGGAAUUUGUCCAAUUUAAAUUCAUUACAGGAGGAUAAGAAAACUGAUUUCCAUGAAUCGAAUGUUAAUUUUGUACAAAUUUCUAAAGAUGGCUCUUAUGUUGUCACAGGUUCACAGGAUAAAAAGUUCAAGAAAUGGGAUAUCGAAACAGGCAAAUUAAUUCAAGAAAUGGAACUAUUAGGACAUACUGAAUCUGUUCAGUCCGUUGUAGUAACAUCGAAAGCACGCCUUGCUGCGAGUGGAUCAAAGGAUGCUACAGUUCGAUUAUGG